AUGAAACAUCUAAAUCCUUAUGAAGCAAGAGAUGAUAUUCGUAAGGCACUACGACGUGAUCUCCAUGAUUCUCUUCAUGUUGAGGAGUUUGAAAAGAAUUAUGGAGAUAUGUUGGAAAAAUAUAAGUUGCAAGAUGUUAAGUGGUUUAAUGAAAUGUAUGAUCUAAGGCAUAGAUGGGUCCCUAUUUAUUUUAAAGACGACUUUUGGGCUGGUAUGUCUAGUACCCAAAGGAGUGAGAGUAUGAACAACUUUUUCAAAGCAUUUGUGAAUUUGAACACAUCACUGAAAGAAUUUGUUGAUCAAUAUAGUCUUGCUCUAGGCAAACGAGCAAAUGAUGAGGAAAAUGAAACUUUUAGUUCAAUUAAUAAGCCAAUGAUGUGUUUCACUGAAUAUUUUGAGGAGUUUCAAGAUCAAGUGCGUUUGGCGACUUAUACUAGUGCAACAAAAUUUCAAGAUGAUGGAAGAGUUUGUGUAUAUGACGUAGUGACAAAAAAGGCUAAGUGGCCUCGAAGACAAAAUUUUAAGGUGACAUUUGAUCGAGACUCAUAUGAUGUUAAGUGGGAGUGUAAGAAUUUUGAAUUUAGGGGAAUUUUGUGUUGCCAUGUAGUUCGUGUUUAUCACGAGGAAGAUGUUGAGUGUGUUCCCGAGAAGUAUAUCCUAUCAAAAUGGAGAAAAGACAUGGUACGAGAUUACACAACUGUCCCGGUUCCAUAUUACACCCCGGACAAAAAUCCACAAGCGAAGAGGCAUAGUUCUUUGUAUAGAGAAUUUGAAGAAAUUCCCUUUUUGGCAAUAAUAGAUGAGAAACCUUAUUCUUUUCUUAUGGAAUCUCUAUCUAAGUUGAAAUUGAAAGUGAAGGCAUUGAGUGAAGGAUGUCAAGAAGCACCUCAAACUGUGAAUACAAUUGGUAGAGUUUAUGGAAGACAUUCAUCACAAGGAGGUGGAAAUGAAGAAGAGGAAAAUCGCCAACACAAUGACUUGGGACACCAACAAAAAGUCAAUGAUCCAGUAGACCGUAGAGGUAAAGGAAAAAAACCAAGCAAGAGGAAAGGAUAUGGAAAUGAACAUCAGUUUGAUAUAUACAAGAAGAAUCAUCACACAUCUGAUUACAACAUUGGAUAUGGAGAAUGGUUCAAGUUAUCCCCAACUAAGAGUAGGGAAUGA